UACAAUAUUUAUACAAACAAAAACUCAAAUCUUCAAGAAUCAUUUUUCCCAUCACCCAAUACAUUAUAAUUAUCAAAACCCAUAUUUCCAAAUUUUAAAAUUUUUUUAAAAAAAUCACCUUUUUUUUAAAAUCAGAUUUUCCCAUUGCUUGCCUUGUAAUUCAAAAAAAAAAAAAAUCAAUCUUGGAAAUUUGGAGAGAUUUGGUCAGAUCUUGCUUUGUGAGUUGUGGAGAUUUUGUUUGCUAUUUUACUUCUAUACAAAGGCAAAAACUUUCCUCUUUUUUUCUCCAACAAACUCAUCUUCUUUUCUUUUUCAAAGAAUCCCAUCAAAGAAAAAAAAAACCCAACUUUAUUUUUUCUUCUUCUUUUAAAGAUCUGUUUUUUUUUCUUUUUGGGGAAAAAAUUGUAACAAUGGGAAUGGCUGCUGUUGAGUCUCAGUUUCAUGUUUUAGCUGUUGAUGACAGUGUUAUUGACAGAAAACUCAUUGAGAUGUUGUUAAAAACCUCUGCUUGUCAAGUUACAACAGUAGAUUCUGGAAGUAAAGCUUUAGAAUUUCUUGGUUUACAAGAAAAUGACAAGAAUCAAACUUGUGUUUCUCUUGAUAAUCAUCAGGAAGCUGAAAUUAAUCUUAUUAUAACUGAUUACUGUAUGCCUGGGAUGACUGGCUAUGAUUUGCUUAAGAAAAUUAAGGAAUCUGCAUCUCUGAGGAACAUACCAGUAGUGAUUAUGUCAUCUGAAAAUGUUCCUUCAAGAAUCAGUAGAUGCUUAGAAGAAGGGGCAGAGGAAUUUUUCUUGAAGCCAGUAAGAUUAUCAGAUGUUAAUAAACUUAAACCUCAUAUGAUGAAAACCAAAUGUAAAAGCCCCAAACAACAACAACAACAAGAAGCUGAGAUAAUUGUGACACAAGAAUCGAUAGACACAACAUAUGUUGUUCCAUCACAACAAAAUCAAGAAUCAGACAACAUAGUACAACAACAGAAAUCACAAGACAACAAGAGAAAGGCCAUUGAAGAAAAUCUAUCAUCAGACAGAACAAGACAAAGAUUGAGUAGCCUUACUGCUAUCUAAUCUAAUGAAUGAUGCAUAUAUUAUAAUUUUCACUUUUUUUUUUCCUUCACAAAGUUGCUAAAGUAACAUUUUUUAGGUUAAUUCUUUUUUUUAUUUUUGGGUUUUUGUUAUAUAAUGUUUUUCUUGUUACUUACAUAGCUUGGAUAAUACAAAUAUUAAGUUGACAUGUAAAAGGUCUAUUAUACACAUUUCACAUGAAAAAAAAUUCUGCUAGUUUUGUUUAGGCUAAUCUAAGGAGGGAUUACAUCAAUUGUCUUUUUUGUUUAUGUAUAUAGACAAAUGGUAUAUGACUUCUUUUACCUCAA